AUGGCUGGCCUAAGUCCCCAAGUAACCAACAUCAUCAUCAUUCUUGGAAUGAUGCAGGUGUCUAAGCGAAUCCCUUUCGACGAUCCUAAUGUCCUCAACAUCGUUCGCGGGCUAUACAUCGCUAGUAACGUAAUCAUCGCCGGCAUUUACCUAUAUGUCCAAUUACAGAUCAACAAGAAGAAGGACCUUACUACCCUCAAGUAUGUCGAGCCGGCACCGAUGGGAUCCAGCGAAGAGGGGAAGCUCGUAACAACCACCGUUCACGCGUACGAUUCUCAACAGAUCAAGAACUCAUUCCGAUCACAACUUAUGGGAGUUGCGAUGAUGGGAUUCAUGCAUCUAUACAUGAAGUACACCAACCCUCUUUUGAUCCAGUCUAUCAUUCCCCUCAAGGGUGCUCUCGAAGCCAACUUAGUCAAGAUCCACCUCUUUGGUCAGCCGGCAAGCGGAGAUCUCAAGCGUCCCUUCAAGCAACCUGCUGGACUUAUGGGUGGUCUUCAGAGCGGCCCCGCGCAAAGCGAUAAGAAGGCUGUGGAAGCUGCUGAACGCGCCGGCCGUGGUGGUGUUAAGGACGAGUAA